AUGCCUCCGAAGAAGAUCUCCAUCGUCCGCCACGGACAAGGUUUCCACAAUCUCACACACAACUAUGACCUGCGGGAUCCGCUACUUACACCCCUCGGCCACGAGCAAUGCGCGCAACUCUCCGCCACUUACCCGAACCAUGACACUGUAGAUCUCAUAAUAGCAUCGCCCAUUCGCCGCACGAUACAAACCGCAGCCUUCUCAUUUGGACCAGCUCUGGCGCGUGCCGAUGUACCCUUCUUACUUGACCCGAAAUUACAGGAACUCGGCAGCCACAAUGCAGACCGCGGUCUCGAUCCUGAAGAUCUAAAGACGUGGUUGACAGAGACGGAGAAAGAGGGCGAAAAGAAAUUCAAGUUUGACUGGGAGAAGAUCGAUGUUAGUGGAGUAGAGGAGGGCUGGAACAGCAAGAAAGGCUACUACGCCUACGAAGCAAACGCUAUCUACCAGCGCGCUGCCGACAUGCGCGCCUCCCUCUACCAGCGCAACGAGGACCAUAUCGUGCUCGUUUCCCACGGCGCUAUUGCGCACUUCUUGACCGAAGACUGGCAGAUCCACGACCCAAUGUUGGGCACCAACUGGUCUAACUGCGAGAUCCGAGAAUACGUGUUUAGCGGAAAUUCGAAAGAUGGUGAUGCGCAUCUAGUGGAGAUCGAGGAGAGCAAGGCGAGGAGACCACCGUAUGAGGGCCCAGUUUGGGAGGCUCCGUGGAAGGGUGUUAGGAGUGGCGAUAAGGACGAACAUGUUGUUGAGGAGAUCAAGGAGGUUGAGGCUGAGAUUAAGUAA